GUAAAAGUAUCAGUUUUCUUUGCAAAAUGUAGUAACGUAACUUCGUUACUGUACACAACUGGAAUAGAGACUGGAAAUAAGAAACAUUCACAUUAGACCAGGAAAUAUGAAACGGUCACGUUAGACCAGGAAAUAAGAAUCGGUCACGUUAGACCAGGAAAUAAGAAACAGUCACAUUUGUUACCGAAAAGACACAACAAUAGCAUGUGUCAAAUAAAACAAAUAAUGCAGUUAAGUUAUUAUAAGUAUCAUAACCUCAGCGAAACGUUUACAUUUGACCUCAUCUGUUUUCCAGCUUCUCAACCCAAAUUUCAUCCAGGAAGGCAAUAAAAGCAUCUGAAAUACUGAAUAGCAACUGUCAUCCUUCCGUGUGUAACACUGUAAUACCCAUUUUGGCCACAAGAGGCUGACGUGAACCAUUCCAGGCGAAAUAUUCAGACGAUGGCUCCAGAGUUCCUCGUCGCUCUGUCGGACGUGGUGUGUGCGUUCGGGGAGACCGUGGUCCUCUGCUGUAAAGUGUGUGGACGACCCAAACCCUCCGUCACCCUGAAGGGCCCCGACCAGAACCCCGUGACCAGCAACAACCGCUUCACCAUCGACAUCAGGGACACAGGCGACAUCUUGUUGAAGAUCUGCAAUCUGAUGCCUCAGGACACCGGCAUCUACACCUGCGUAGCCGUUAACGACCACGGCUCCGCCUCCUCCUCCGCCUCCAUUAAAGUUCAAGGUAUCCCAGCAUCCCCUGGGAGGCCGGUGGCCCAGGAGGGCAGCAGCACGGCGGUGAUGAUCCACUGGUCGCCUCCGGCUUCAUCCGCUCACUGUGCCGUCAGCAGCUACACUGUGGAGUACCGACAGGAAGACUCUGGGUACGAUGGAACUGGGAUCCAGUGGAAAGAGAACUUUGAUUCCACCUUCUCCGAGAUCUGUGAGAUUGGAAGGGGGCGGUUUUCAGUGGUGAGAAAAUGUCUCAACAAGUCUACAAAGAAAGAGGUUGCGGUGAAGUUUGUGAGUAAGAAGAUGCAGAAGAAGGAGCAGGUGGCUCAUGAGGCGGACGUCCUCCAAAACGUACAGCAUCACCAGCUGGUGGCGCUGUUGGACACCUACGAGUCUCCCACCUCUCUAAUGCUGAUCCUGGAGCAGCUGGAGGAUGGUCGUUUACUCGAUUACCUCGUCGCCCACGAUGAGCUGAUGGAGGAGAAGGUGGCGUUCUUCAUCAGAGAGACACUCGAGGCCCUGCAGCACCUUCAUACCUGCAGAGUGGUUCACCUGGAUCUGAAGCCUGAGAACAUCAUGGUGGACCUCCACUCUCCCACCCCGGGCAUCAAGCUCAUCGACCUCGGCGACGCCGUGCAGCUGUCCGCCCACCGCCGGUACGUCCACCUCCUGCUCGGGAACCCGGAGUUCGCCGCGCCCGAGCUCAUCCGCGGGACGCCGGUCUCCGUCGCCACGGACGUGUGGAGCGUGGGGUGCGCACGGCGGGGAGUACUCCAAGACGCCGCUGGACACGACGCGAUUGGCCACAUUUAUUGACUGACGGAGACAGCUGUAUGACGUGCGGCCCGUCACUAACAUCAAAGGGCUGGUGAGCAGCAGCUUGGGCAACACGCUGUGACGGACAGGAGCUCCGAGUGCCACCCACAACAACACUGCUGUGUAUUAUAAGCAUUUAAUGAUCUUUAGUAUUUAUUAAUGUGUGAGUGGGGAAGGGAUCUACGUCUUCAUAAAGGACCACGAGGCCACUCUGUCGACCACUAAACUUAAAAGCAGAAGAAAUAAUUAAAAUUCAUGAUUGUUUGAUAUUUAGUUGCAGACUAACACAUUCAUUUGAUCUUUUGUUCCCCCGGUAACAACCAUUAGAUGUGAAGCAGGGCCCCAUAAGCAGCCUAGAACCCCCAUGAGAACCCAAAGAACCUCAAAGUUGAGGAAAUUAGCAUUUAGAAAAACACACUGUGAGCGGGCUUAAUGUCAACAUAUUAGUUUAUAUUUGUAAUGUUUAUUUUUUCAGGGACAGAUGUUAUAUUGGAGGCAGGAGACCAUUGUGUUAAAGGGGGGGUAGUUUAAUUCGGCCUGUUGCUCAGGGGCUCUGGGGCAACUGUCCCACGCUCUGCUAACAUGUUGUAGCCAACGCGUCUGAACAUAUUUUUAAAAAAAAGCUUUUCGUGACACUUUGAGCCCACAGGAGUACAAAAAUGGUAAAAUCGCUAAAAGCAAAACCGCCAACGAUGUCUUCGAUCUGAUUUUGUGUCACGAGAAACUCCCACGAAGGAUUUAAAGCUGCAGUGUGCAGGUCAUGGCGCCAUCUAGAGGCGAGGUCGCAGAUUGUAACCAACUGAAAGCGGGCGUGUCGGAGAACUACCGUGGCAUGCUAAAGUUUGGUUUGGCCUUUCUGGGCUUCCGUAGGAAAAAACACAGCGGACUUAGUGGUCUUUUAUGCAGAUAUAUAUAUUUUUAAAAAAAAAGGCUAUUUCUCUGGUAACAAAUGCAUAACAAUUGGUAGUUUCAGGUGAUUAUACACAUGAGUAAACAUACUUAUAUCUAUAUUCUAUUUCUGCAAACGGAUAAACGUAAAUGCAACUAAAUGUUCCUUUUUAAUGUUAACAACAGUGGCUGAUUUUAAACCACCAACACUGGAAAGCUCCUUGGAAAAGACUGGUACGCAACAGCGUCGAACCUCGCUGCGAUAUACCUUAUUUAAAAUGUAUUUAUUAUCAUAUGUUUAUUUAUUUCAGGACUUAUGUUGGGUUUGAAAUGUUCGCCGUUUGCCCCGGAGCGACCCGGCCUACCCGCUGAAGUCGCUAAACAGCUGCUGGACUGUGCAGCGGCGGAGUUUACGCCGUGAAUAGUGUUGUGAGUUUACAUCCAAGUCACCGACGGAUAGAAAGCUGAACUGUUGCCGUCAUGAACCACAACGAACUGCAGUUGAGUGGGAAAGGACACAAAGAAAUCACGGAUUAACCUCGGAAAGCAAGACGAUGGACUACACGGGAACACUACAAUUUGAUUGUUUCACUGUUUACAAAAAACAUCAACUAAAAAAAGGUUAGGUAGUUUACAAAAAUAUGUAGAAUAAUCAGGGAAUAGGGUUAGAAAUCAGGUGAGAAAUCUUGUUUUCUUGAACCCGAACCUGUUGAGAAUUCUCCGUUUUCCGUUUGUACAUUUUGUCUACCAGCCACUGUGUCGAGUAACCGAUCAGAGUGUUCGGGUUCAUUGAUCUUGUAAAAUAGUUAAUGCGGCUGUUGAAUCGGCCUCUGAUUUAGACGGAAGAGUCCGUUUACUUGUCUUGUUUCUACUGAUGAAUGUACAAAAAAAAGAAAAAGAAAUGUAGAAUGUGUUCUGCCGUCACAAGUGCUGUCCUCUGCUUUCACCAAAAUGCUUUCACAAUGCCCCCUUUCUGGACAUUUUGCAC